CCUCCCUUCCCCACUUCGCCCUUCUGCCUUCUGCCUUCUCCCGUCUCCCGUCUCCACUGCUCCACCCCCGUGCGGCCGUGCCGGCACGAAACCCUAGUUCUUAGACCUGUGCCACUGUCCACCUCCCCUCCUAGAGAGAGAGAGAGAGAGAGAGAGAUGUACUCGGACCAGAUCUCCACCGGCCGCAAGCGUUCUAUCCACGAGCGCCUCGACGGCGACCUCCCCGCCGGCGCGGGCUCCGGCGGCCGUGCCCGCCACAUGGCAUCCAAGAGGCAGCGGCAGAUAGACGAAAAAUGGAAGCAUGAUCUGUAUCGGGAAGAUGAUGAACCAGCUUCAAGAUCAAUUGGUCCAAGGGAUUUACGAUUGAAGCUUCAGAUGAGAAGUUCUGAACUAGGCUUUACCAGUGCAAAGAGUUCUGGUGUGCGUGAUCUACGCGAGAAGCUGUCUGGAACAAUGCACCCGCAACCAUCGAAUGCUGACCCCCCAAAGCCAAAGCCAGUAUCAGAAGUUGUCAAAAUUUCAAGGCGUGAAGCAGCUGAUGAAAUGCCUGCGCGCCAAAGUAAGAAAGCAUCAAAACAGCCUUCAGCGAAGAAGACAUCUCAACCAAAGGCUGAAAGUCCACUCGACAGUUUCCUGAGUUCACUUGGACUUGAGAAGUAUUCAAUUACCUUCCAGGCAGAGGAGGUUGACAUGGCAGCCCUUAGGCAUAUGACUGACAGUGAUCUGAAGGCUUUGGGCAUUCCAAUGGGUCCUCGGAAGAAGAUUAUCCUCGCCUUGGAAUCCAGAGCAUAGGACUCUGGCAAAGGAGCAAAUGUAGAAAGGUGGUGGAGAUUUGCUAGGCAUGCUCGUGUGCAAGUUUGACAAACCUUUGUAUGGGUCUUGGAAAGGGUACAACGCAUGUCCUGUCCUGUUGAGCAUGCUCAGCCAAGUUAGGAUGUUAGAAGGAAGGCCAUGUCGCCAAUGAUGUAGCUUAUUGGUCACCUGUUAAUUAAACGGCGCCAUAUACAUGCAACGAGGCUGUUCGGUUGGUCUUGGAGUGCUGUAUUAUAUGACUGCGUUAUGAAUUCUUCCAUGGGGGUAUAUCU